AUGAGCAACCAAGAAAAAGACAAGGAAAUUGAGGAAGUUGAAGCACCUCUCCCACCACCUCCUCCACCAGCUAACAUGUCGGAGAACACUCUUGUUCCAAAUCAGACGUUUGAUGCAAAAGGUCCGGAUGUUGAAGCGGACGUGCACACUUUGGUCUCUAACAUUGAGGAGUGGGGCAAGUUGACGAAAGCAGCACCAGAGAAGAAAAGGUUUCUUUUGAUUAGAAGUUUUAGAGGACGCGCUGCGAAGUGGAAUAGGCUUUAUGUGAAGAACAACCCAACUGAUAGUGAAGAUUAUGAGAAAUUAAAGAAAGCCUUCCUGGACAAGUUUGCACCAGAAAACGCGAAGAAUGCAACAUUUCACUGCAUGCACUUUUUUGACGCGUACCAAGGAGACUGGUCUGUCACAAGAUAUGCAGACGAAUUCCAGGCUCGCCUUGACAAGGACGAAAGACUUAUGUCAUCACCUUUACAUGUGGUUUGGAAAUUCCUUCAAGGACUUCGGGAGGAAAUUCGAUUUGACGUGGCUAACCGCAUGGACCCUGCGAACGAAGACUUGAGCACGGUAAUUGCUAUGGCAACAGACUGCGAAGCUAGCCUUCAUGCUCAGUCCCAACAGACGUAUGGAAGAAGUAAUCACAAUUCAGGCAGAAACCAGGGCAACGGGAAGAAUGUGAGAAAUGGAAACAACAAUGGUUUCCAUAAGGGCAACCGAAACUCUAAGUUCCCUUACAAAAACAAUCGGCACUCUAAGGGAAACCCAAAUCAAUACCAGGGUAACCCAUCUGGCAACCCUCAGCAGAACUUUCAAGCUAAUGGGAACAACAACCGUGGCUAUAACCAACGCAACGGUUCCGGUUACAACAAUCAGCGCAAUGGCUCAAACUAUAAUAACCAGCGCAACUUUAAUACUUGGGGUAACCGUCAGGAUUUGAAUUCCAUGGACGCUAAUAUGAAUAACGGCCAACCAAAUUAUGAGGACCAGCCAGGAGCACCAAUGCCGGAACGGUUAAAUCAUUAA